ACAUCUACAUACAUAUGUAUAAGCAACAAUAUUUGCAAAUCUUUGUUUAUAAUAGCUGACGUUUUAUGGAGUUAAUGUUGGUGCUAAAACAAAAAGAAAUUAAGCAAACGCGUUUUUCAAUAUCGUUAUUAUAAACUGCAGUUAAUCAAAACAAAUAAUUGUGAUCAAACGCAAGGUUUUCGAAGCAAACAAAAUUCGCAACACAUGAUGUCAGAUGGAUCGCCGCCCCCAUCGAUUUGUUUUAUACGAGCUGCCGAAUCAUAUCCCAAAUCACAAAUGGAAAAGGAAGAUGCGCAAUUGUCGGUGCCGUUUCAAGAGCUUGCCGGCGAAUCAAUUAAAUAUUUGGGACGCACCGAUGACGAUGGCAUCCUCGCGUUAUCCAAUUACCGCAUAUUUCUCUCGAAGAAAUCGACCAGCACAUUGGAGACAUACAUACCGUUGGGACUGAUUGAAUCGGUGCAGGUGCGUGAUCUAUUCCAAUUGGUUGUCAAUUGCAAAGAUGCCAGCACCGUUCGCUGCUCAUUUCAAUCGACCGAACAAUGCGCAGAGUGGCAACGCCGCAUACAACUGUUAAUUGGUGUACCUGAAACGCUCGAAACGCUGUUUGCAUUCCCCUUCUAUUCGUGGACCUGCGACAUUAUUGGCGGCGGUGGCGGUGGCGGAGGCGGAGGCGGAGGCGGAAAUACUUCUCAGCAUCGCUCGACAAGUCUAACUAAUGGCUUGGCCAACAACAAUCAAGCAAAAUCGCUGCCCUCCGUGGAGUAUCUGCAGCAGCGAUUGCAGCGUGCACUGCGCUAUGAGAGCGACUUUAAGAACGAGGUUGCCAGACUGGGUUUCGAUUUGAAGAGCUCGUGGCGCAUUUCCACAGCCAACAUGGAUUUCAAACUGUGUCCAUCGUAUCCGCAAAAAUUGCUGGUACCGUGCUGCAUCACCGACGAGAUGCUCCACAAUAUCGCCAACUUUCGGGGAUCACGUCGAUUGCCCGCCGUCGUUUGGCGUCAUCAAAAAUCGGGGGCAAUUCUCGCCCGUUGCAGCCAGCCGGAAGUUGGUUGGCUCGGCUGGCGCAACUACAAGGAUGAGCAGUUGCUCAAGGCUCUGGCGGAUGCGUGCGCCUUCGAUCGAGGCGAGCAUGCACGACGUCAGGCCAAGGAUGCCAAUGGCGGCGAUGCGGCGGCGGGCUCCUCGGGUCAGAGUUCACCUUCGUUAGGGGAUUCGUCGCACGAGGAGCUCGCUCUAGACGAGAUACGCAAAAUUCUUAUUGUGGAUGCACGCAGUUAUACAUCGGCGGUUACAAAUCGAGCUCGCGGUGGCGGCUGUGAGUGCAUUGAAUACUAUCCAUGCGCUGAAAUAGAAUUCAUGAAUUUGGGCAACAUUCAUGCCAUCCGCAAGAGUUUCCAUGCAGUGCGACAAUUGUGCGCCUCAUCUCCCGAUGAUCCCAAUUGGCUUGGACAAUUGGAGAAAACGAUGUGGAUGCAGCAUCUGUCGGGUCUGUUGGGUGCCACCAUGACUGUGGUGCAUACCAUCGAAAAGAAUGGUCGUCCUGUUCUCGUCCAUUGCUCCGAUGGCUGGGAUCGAACGCCGCAGAUUGUGGCGACCGCACAGCUCUGCCUGGAUCCCUACUACAGAACUGUUGAGGGCUUUCGUGUGCUCGUUGAACGCGAAUGGCUGAACUUUGGCCACAAGUUUGCCGAUCGCUCUGGCAAUGGACCAAACUCGGAUGAAGGCAACGAACGUUGUCCAGUGUUUCUACAAUGGCUCGAUCUGGUGCAUCAAAUCCACAAACAAUUCCCCUGCAGCUUUGAGUUCAGUCUCGGUUAUUUGAUCAAACUCGCACAGCAUUCGUUGUCAUGUCUCUUUGGCACUUUCCUAUGCAAUUCGCUGCGAGAACGUAUCGAGAAUUCGGUCUUUGAUCGCACAUUCUCGGUUUGGCCAUUUCUGGCAGAAACAAUGUAUAGAAAUCCACUCUAUAAGCAUGAGACUGAUAAGGUACUUUGGCCAGCGCAUAAUGUGCGAUUCUUGCACUUUUGGUCCGAUGUUUACCUGGGUAGCUUAGGCAAUAAAAAUGGUACCGAUCUUCCUCUACAAAGCAAUGAACGACAAGGCGCCGUCAAUGGCAAUGGCAAUGGCAAUAGCAAUACCAAUGGCAAUGGCAGCGGCGCGUCGGCAAAAACUCGUUCGAGCGAGAACAUUGCAAGCAAUGAGCUGACACAGAGCACGAUCUCAAGGAGAUCGAGUGAUCCCAAUUUGGCUGUCGAAUCAAUUGUAACGGAUGGCUUAAUGAAUGUGAACAGCAAUUCGAUGUUUGACAUACGCUCGGAGGCAAAGGACUGCAUAAUUGUGGCUAAUCAUGAGAUCAACAAAGACUCCGACUCGGAGGAUACCUGCGACAGUUCAAAGCUGCCAGUGGUCCACAACCAACACGAAGAGGAAGACGCGGAUGCGGACGAAGAGGAGGAGGAGGCACAAAAUGGUUCCGAGUUGAACAAUGACCAAAGCACUUCUUCGAUACAAUGCAACAUUUUGAACGAUGAAUCACCAACCAUUAAUGGCAAGAUCACAGUUCAACGCAUCGAUUCCGAGCCUUGUAUUUCACCAAAUGAUGAUGCACCAUCGAUUUGUGAUGAGAGCAUCAGUGAUAACGAUAAUAAUGGCAGCCGGCAUUUGUUGUGGCUGGAGAAAGGUCAUCACGAUCAGAUUGACACUAGUACGGAUACAAUAAUUCCUAUAGCUGCUACUGAACAACAGCGAAAGCAAUCAAAUGGCAUUCAGCAAGCAGCAAAAGAAAACGAUAAAGACAGAGACAGCGAUAGAGACAAAGACAUCGAUGUGCCUUCUUCCCAAACAGAUGUGGAUGUAAUGAUGAUACCUCAAGCUACAAAGACCACGAAUGAAAUUGAAACGGCGACCGCAACAGCAGUUGAUGGCGAACCAAUAAGUUGUGCAAUUGCAGCUGCAGCAACAACAACGUAUGCAACAAAUAAAUCAAGUCACAGCAGUUACAACCAUUUGCCGCGUGUCCAUGCCAAGCCCAACAAUCUGCGAAUCAUUCAACCGAGCAACAGCAACAACUCGGCCAGCGAUCAGCAAUUGCAACGACGCGAGAGUCCCAGCAAUAAUGAUGACAACAACAGCAGCAGCAGUUGCUGCAAGGAAACCAAGGAGUUCAAUGGCAGCACGACAACAGCUUCAGCUUCCGCUUCUGCUUCAGCAUCUGGUUCGGCUUCAGCUUCGGCCUCAGGCAACGAUGUCGAUUGCAUGCCACCAUUAACGCCCGAUCAUCAUCAGCGAUACAUGAAUGAACUGCAUUCGCAGCAUGCGCAUUUGAAUACGUUUGCCAACUUUGAUGUGUCCACAUCUGGCAUUCCCAUGCGACGCAACAUGCUCUGGUCGAGCCUCAAUCGUGACAGCACUCAAUCCAAUGCACUGCAGUUUCCAUCGGCUGGUCUUGCUUCGUUGCCGCCAACACCGCAAGGAUCACAACAGGAGCGAACACAGUUUACCAUUUCGUGUCCCGAUGGCUUGGCUCAUGGCUUGAGUGAGCAGAACAUAAGACUCCAUCAGAUUGUGCAGGAGCACAAGCUACGCGAGGAAGUGCUGCUGCGAGAGAUUCAUGGCAUGCGUCUGGCAUUGUUGCAAAAAGGAUGUCCGAGCUGCAACAGCGUUGUCUCCACAAACGUCGAGCAUGAAAACGGAUCGGAUAUUGUUGAAAAUGCAUCGACAUGCUCAUGGGAGGCCGUCGAAGAGCGGAGCGGUCCAUCAUCAUAUGCCACAUGUGGCGGCAUCGGUGGCAUCGGUGGCGUUGGUGCGAUCCCAGAGAAUAAACCGUCGAGUGUCCUUUGGGUACCAGAUCAUGCCGCAUCGCGUUGCUCAAAUUGUCAAAUUGUCUUCUGGCUGGGACGAAGAAAACAUCAUUGUCGAUCAUGUGGAGAAAUUUUCUGUGCUGACUGCUCUGAGUUCUGGGCGCCGUUGCCGUUUGAAAAGCUUUUUAAUCCAGUAAGACUUUGCGGUUCCUGCUACAUCAAUGUCACUGCACACAAUAAUAGCAGCAGUCAGCAGGCACAGCAAAAUCUCGAUUGUCGUGAUGCAAAUCCAAAUCCAAACACAAAUCAAAAUCUUAUUGAUAUGGCGACAAAAACAAAAACAACAACAACAACAACAACAGCAGAUGUAAUAGCUAACUCUCAAGAGUAGUUUUCCAUUAUGUUUUAGGAUUGCAAACAAAAAUGUUGAAACAAUUAUGUGUAAAUAUCAAAUAUAUAUAUAAAUAUGUAUAUGUAUA